CAAUCAAAAAUGCUCUUAGAGACCGUAUAAUUCGAGCGCAUUUUGUAUUAAAGCGCCUUCUUUCAUAUUGUUGUUAAACUGCCAGAAAUAGGUCCGUGCACGUUAAACUGCAGGACACAAUUUGUUGCAAAUAAACUUUGUCAUAUUGCUUUAAUUUAAGUCUCCAGUCUAGUCCUUGUUUUGCUCGCACGACAGAAAACUGGCGGACUGAAAGCAGGUGACGAGUGUUGAUCGAGCACAAGGCGAGAGGGAAGGUGAGGAGCACUGCGGGUGAAGUUCGCAGGAGGUGAGAAUGAGGGGACGUCUCCUGAAGCCACUCUUCUCUUUGGGGAUCGCUCUCUUCUUUUUGGGGAUUCUGCUGACCGCUCUCGUCUGGUACAAUGGCAACAAAAAUAACGUGGAAACUCGACAGCUGUCUCUUCAAAAGAAAAGAGCCCCUCCGCCUUCUGAACUUUGUAAAGGCUGCAGGCAGGUCAUCGACAAAGUAAGAGAGCGUUACAAUAAAACCUGGAUUAAGCAGGUGGACAAUUAUUUAAAAUUCAGAUCUCAGCUGAGCAGAAAGUGCCAUGGUUUUGACAGUGCAUUCAUCACCCAGGACAACACCCCAGUGGGAGCAAAGAUUGUGUAUGAUGGAGAAAAGAAGCGCACCCUCCAGGUGACCCCGGAGAUUUUCAGCACCUUCCCAAAGGAGCAUCCAUUCCCAAACAAAAUAUGGGAAACAUGUUCCGUUGUUGGGAACGGUGGGAUCCUGUCCAACAGCAGCUGUGGAAAGAUGAUUGAUUCAGCCGAGUUUGUUAUGAGGUGUAACCUACCUCCCUUGGACAACGGCUAUGAGAAUGAUGUGGGGAUCAAGACUGACCUUGUGACAGCAAAUCCAAGCAUCCUCAUUAACAAAUACGGGUCUCUGCAACAGCGUCGGCGUCCGUUUGUGGAAAGUCUGCGUAGCUAUGGCAACUCUUUGCUGCUCCUUCCCGCCUUCUCCUACGGCGUCAACACGCCUUUGUCCCUGCGGGCCGUGUACAGCAUUGAGGACUUUAAAAGCCCCACCCGGCCUGUCUUCUUCAACCCCGAGUACCUGGAGAGUUUGGGCCUCUUCUGGCGCUCCAGAGGCCUAAAAGCAGCACGUGCCAGCACCGGCCUGAUGAUGGCGAGCUUGGCGCUGGAACAUUGUACCGAUGUGCAUCUUUAUGGGUUCUGGCCCUUUGGUAAUCACCCCCAGGGACUCCAUGCGCUGACUAACCACUACUACGAUGACGUACAACCUAAAAACACAGUCCUCGCCAUGCCGGUUGAGUUUGAAUUCUUGUUGCAGCUGCAUAGUCAGGGGGUGCUCAGGCUUCACCUGGAAGAUUGUCAACCAGGUGAAAAGUAGUUUCCAAACCCAGCAGAAGGGCCGGAGAGAAGUGCCUCGAUUUGUAGCCCACUCGCUUAUAAAGUAUUUUGUAUGAAUGGACAGAUCUUUUUGGGCUUGUGUGUCCAACCAAGGUGGAUGCUCACACUUGAAUGAAUGCUGAGUUGGUCGAUGAGCAGUAAAGAUAUUUGCACUAAAAUCAAACAAUUAUAAGAAUUUAAAAAAGAGUUGCAAUGGUUUUAAACUAUGUAUUAAGAUAGAUUGCAGCUGGAGUCUGGAGGGAGACAAUUUAAUGCACUUGAAAAUACGUUGUCCCUUGUGGGACAUUGUAGUGCUUUGUUUUGGAUCAAACUGAAUGUAUUUAUUAGAAAAUGUGAUCUUUCCUGUUGGAACCAAAAAGCAGUUUGUUUUAUUGUCCUUUAAGGCAAGCACUGGAUGGGUUUGUAUGUGUGGAUCUGCCAUUGGACAGUGAGGCACGGGGGCCAUGUGUUGGCCAUAAGUUACAAUAUGGUGUGAAGUUAAUAUAUUCAGUUGAUAUUGAAUGUACACACUAAUCGUAAUCCAUAUGUUUUACUAAUUCCCAGUUUUUACACUGUUAGAAUGCACUACACACAGGCUUGAAAUACACACCCAUGCUCAUAUUUAAUCACAAGAAUAUUAUCGCUGGUAAAAACUGGUACAAUGGUACUGAACCUAUAAUGUACUUUAUUCAGGUGCAUCCUGUGGAUCUCCUCUUUAAUGGCUUCACUGGUUUGUGUCCAGGGAGCAAAAACCAGUGCAGCCAUUAAAGUCUAAAAGACGUUUCAGAGCGACACACAUGUUUUUCACGGCGCUGCAUACAGCAGCUUUACUAAUAUUCUAAUGUUGUAAAGGAAACUGCCGUUUGCAAAAAAAGUAAUUCUACACAAAGAAUGUGCUCUGACGUGAGAGCAUGUCCACGAUGGGUGACGUUAGUUACGUACGUAACAGAUCUUAUUUUGUUCAUAUGUGGAAACUGCGCUAAAAUACGCCUGAUAGACUACUUGAAUGAGCGAGGAAAUGAACGCGCGCUGUGUGAUUGGCUGGGCUGCUGUCAGAGGGAGAAGACUGUGAAAGAAACUCGAGGUUUAUUGAAGAAAACCUGCUUCCGACCAGGUUGGGUUCACAGGCUCAGUUACCAUGGUGACUGACCCUCAGCAUUAGUUACAUCCCUUUGUGAAACGGACAGGCCAGAGUUUCCCUCAUCUGGGCCUCAUAAACCUGCUUCUUAAAACGGCCCCCUGGUCACAGAUUUUCUUAUCAUAAAUAAUGACAACAAAGGUGUAAUUGAAUUUUGGAAGUUUCUGGCAGUGGACCCGUCUUCUAAAGAUUGAAAACAAACGUAUGCUAUCUGAACACAUGACAUUAUAAUUUCUUACUUUGUAAUAUUAAAUUCAGUUUAAAUUCAGUUUAAACGUAUGCUCAAA